AUGAAGAAAAAAUCUGGACUAAUGGAGUAUUCGGGUCACACUAAUCUCAAGCUCUACAGUACACAGUUUUCUUAUAUAACUAUCAGAGGGGAGCUGAAACAUCUGCAGCUUACCAAUAAAGAUUUAAAACAUUACUGUCAAGAAGGUGAACGGUGUCUUGCCGAUUUCUAUCGAACCUAUCUCGAGGCUCUCAAUGAUGAUGGACCUUUUUACCGCCGUCCCUUAGCUGUCGCAAGUCCUGUAUGCGUGCGAUAUGGCGAACAAGUGCUGGGAGUUAACAAACUAAAGGGCCUGAUGAAGGAAAUUACAAGAAAAGCAGAACUGAAGGGAAACUUUACCAACCACUCGGGCAAGAGGACCUGCGCUACUCAGUUAUACCACGCAGGGAUCGACGAGCAGGAAAUCAUGUCUCGGACCGGUCACAGGUCAGAAACGGCAGUAAGGAAAUACAAAAGAUCAAAUUCAGCACUACAGGAGCGUGUUUCCGAAGUUUUGAAUCCCCCAAAUGUGAAAAAAAUUAAAUGUGAAACAACCACGCUUUAAACGAAUGAGUGUGAAAAUAUUCAAGAUGAAAAUUUGAGUCAGGUGUGCGACAGUGCCGUUGUAUCUGAAAGUGAAAUUGCGAC